UCGUGCGCGUAUCUUGACGUACCGCGAUAUGAUGACUUUUUUCGUGAUUUGCGCAAAUCCGCCACCCGAUUUAACAACGUAACUUUGAGAACACCCCCAAAAACUUUGUACCCUUAAUCAAAUAGCUAAUACUUAGUGUUACCAAUACUCUCCCUGUAAACUUAAGUGUGUAGAAAAUUUGUAGAACUAAGUUUUAAGAUCAAGGAACUGAUCGUAGGUGUUAAUUACGCAAUUGUAUUAGUGUUUACAUCUUCAAGUAUUCAAUUUCCCGCUGUGAUGUUACCACCUUUCGGUUAUUAGUUAUAAAUUAAUAAUAGUCAAUUUCUCAACAGAAGUGGAAAAAUGCGUACAAAGUGAACUUGCGGAAUUAUAGAUGAGGAAAGCUAAUGUUAUCGAAGAGCAAGCGGUGCGAAAGUGGAAAAAAUGCGCAAAUAAUAAUUUUGGUAAACCUUGAAAAUAUGUGCGAGUGUUCAUUUUCUUAACUAAACGACAUGGAGAGAUCUCUGGCAUCAUUUCUGUUCUGGAUGCUUUUAUGCACCGUCUAUUGGGAUGGAGCGAAGGCGCACAUAGAGGAAUUCGGCUAUGGGGCAAAUUUUAGCAGCUAUCCAUAUUUUGAGUUCAAUGUUCCAAGAAACGUUACAACCACCGUUGGACAAACUGCCUUCUUGCAUUGCAGAGUUGAACAGUUAGGAGACAAAGCGGUAUCUUGGAUUCGCAAAAGGGAUUUACAUAUACUGACCGCGGGUAUCCUAACAUACACAUCGGAUCAGCGAUUUCAAGUAAUACGACCGGACAAAUCGGAUAACUGGACGUUGCAGAUCAAAUUUCCUCAGCUUCGAGAUUCCGGAAUAUACGAGUGUCAAGUCAACACCGAACCAAAAAUGUCCUUAGCUUACAGACUGAACGUCAUCGCAAAAGCGCGAGUUUUGGGCCCAGGCGAUUUGCACGUCAAAGCGGGAAGUUCCGUAACACUGAUAUGCGUUAUCAAUCAAGGACCCCACGAUUUGGGUACCGUCUUUUGGUAUCUAGGCGCAAAUAUACUACAGACACCACCAACGCAUCCUAAUGAUCCAGAUUCGACUGAAAGGCUAUCCAUACAGAAUCACUGGUCGGAUGGACUGACCUCUCGUUUGCACAUUUCAAGCGCACGUCUUUCAGAUAGUGGAAACUAUUCGUGUGUUCCAACCAUUGCUGCCCCUGCUAGUGUAAAUGUACAUGUCAUUAAUGGAGAGCAUCCAGCGGCCAUGCAACACGGAAAUAAGAACACAGCGCCGUUAUCGCCCUCUCUUCACUGCACACUUGUAUAUAGUAUCUCAGUCUUCAUAAUAAAACACAUCAGAUGAAACCUCUUGUAAUAUUGACUUUUAUUUUUUUAAUCCUUUUCUCUUUAAUAUUUUGAUACUAAAUGUACUCGUGCGGAAAUUUUACGUCCGUGCAAUAAGUGAAUUUGUCUUUGUGAAUAUCGAAGCAAAGAAAAUGAGUUUUCAUAUUACGACCUAUUGUACUAAGUGACACCUUUUUUUUUAAAUAAGACAGUUCUGAAGGUGGAUUUUAAACAUUUAUUAUCUUCAAACGCACAGCUUUGCUUGUGUCACUCAAAUCUUUCAAGAUUGUAUACUUUUAAGUUGAAAUACUGAACAUUCCUUUUGUCCUUAAUUCCCAGUCUCCACUUCUUUGUUUAGAAAAUGUUCAUAGGGAUUUUGUUGGAUGUU